GAAUAAUAUCUCAAGAUUGUCCACAAGAUGCAAAUCUGUGAGUGUUCGAUCCAUUCGUUAAUGCAGCUUCUAGCUGAUAUCUAACCCGUUUGCUGGUAAUAUACACCAGUCUGAGACAGAUGGAGAGCCAGAGGAAUGUCUCAGACUUCAUUCUUUUGGGACUUUCGUAUGACUAUUACACACAAAUAUUUUGCUUUACGCUCUUCUUAUUCUGUUAUGCUGCUCUCUUGGUAGGAAACCUUCUGAUCCUCAUCUCCAUUCGGUGCAGCCCUCUUUUCCACCAACCAAUGUACUAUUUCCUCAGCCACUUGUCCUAUAUGGACAUCUGCUACACCUCUAGCAUUACACCCAAAUUCAUUGCUGACCUCCUAGUGGAAAGAAAAGCCAUCUCCUAUGGCAACUGUAUGUUUCAAGUCUUUGCCAUGCACUUCUUUGGAACGAUUGAAGUCUUAAUCCUCACAGUCAUGGCGUUUGAUCGCUACGCUGCCAUCUGCAAACCUCUCCACUACAUGCUUGUCAUGAACAGGACAAGGUGCAAUCUCCUAGUGUUGGCUGCUUGGGCUGGUGGGGCCGUCCACUCCUUUCCUCAAUUUUUCCUGGUAAUCAGGUUGCCCUUUUGUGGUCCUAAUGAGAUUGAUCAUUAUUUUUGUGAUAUUUUUCCUUUGCUGAAAGUUGCCUGUACCGACACCUAUGUCACUGGUGUCCUUUUGGUUGCCAAUUCAGGAAUGGUUACCUUAGUGACAUUCGUGGUCUUAUUUUCUUCUUAUGUCAUUAUAUUAUUCACUUUAAGAAAUCACUCAGCUGAAGGAAGGCGCAAAGCCCUCUCUACCUGUGGGUCUCAUAUCACUGUGAUAGUUUUAUUUUUUGGGCCUUCAAUCUUUGCCUACCUUCGACCUCCGGGCACUUUCCCUGAAGAUAAAGACAAAAUAUUUGCUCUAUUUUACACCAUCAUUGCUCCUAUGUUCAAUCCCUUAAUCUACACUCUGAGAAACUCAGAGAUGAAAAACACCAUGAGGAAAGUUUGGUGUCAAACAUUAUUGUCAAGGGAAACACACAAUUAA